AUGUACCCGGACCUCUUCGAAGGGCUUGGAUUGAAGACCCAUGAUUUGGCGAAAUAUGACACACCACUGGUCUCAUUUGACGGGAGAGUCGUAAUUCCUGAGGGACAAAUCUCUCUCACGGUAGACAUGGAAGGUAAGGGAGUUAUAGUUACCUUCAUAGUAGUCCGAUCAUUCUCACCAUACACCGCAAUCCUGGGAAGGCCAUGGAUUCACGCCAUGAAGGCUGUUCCGUCCACCCUCCAUAUGAAGGUAAAAUUUCCCACUGAGUAUGGAGUUGCCGAGAAGCCCCGAGGGGAAACGGGGGCGGACGUGGCCAAGGAGGUAUUGAAGGUUAGAAUUCUUCCAGAUACUGACAAGUAUUUCCAAAUAGGUACAAGCAUGAAUAACCGGGAAAAGGUAGAAAUGUUGUUGUUCCUUUUGCAGAACGUAGACGUUUUCGCAUGGAACCCAUAUGAAGUGCCUGGCGUAGAUCCCGAGUUCAUCGUCCACAAACUCAACGUGGACCCAUCAUUUCCCCCGAAGAAGCAGAAACCGAGAAGAGCAUCAAAGGAACACGUCGACGCAGUAAACCUGGAGGUCCAGCGGUUGAAGGAGGCCGGAGUCAUAAAGGAAAUAUUCUUCCUGAGAUGGCUAGCGAACACUGUCGUAGUGAAGAAGAAGAACGACAGUGGAGAGUUUGUUUGGACUUCACAGACUUGA